UUUUUGCCAAUUAUUCUCGAAAUCACUGACGUGGUUUUGGCUUGGGGCUUGGUUGGCCUUGCCGAUUUAGUUUUAUUUAAUCUUUCAUAGCUACCUAUACGAUAAAGCAUUGUUAAAACGUAUAAAGUUAAUUGAGUGCCAAAAAUUAGCACUGUAAACCAAAUCCCAAAAAGAUCGUAAAGAUAGCUAGAAAAACUAAAUUAGUUUUAAUCAUGGUUGGCUUAGCUGCGGCGCUUGGGUUUUUGCUGAUCAUCACUUCAGCUCGCUCUGAUGAAGCGCCUAAAGGACCCAAAGUAACUCAUAAGGUCACCUUCAGUAUCAGAAUUGGUGAUGAAGCACCUGCUGAUGUUGUUAUUGGCUUAUUUGGCAAGACAGUGCCCAAGACUGCAGAGAACUUCUUCCAGUUGGCACAAAAGCCAGAGGGUGAAGGCUACAAGGGCAGCAAAUUCCACAGAGUCAUUGAUAACUUCAUGAUUCAGGGUGGAGACUUCACUAAGGGUGAUGGCACAGGAGGUCGUAGCAUCUAUGGCGAACGUUUUGAAGAUGAGAACUUCAAGCUUCGUCACUAUGGUGCCGGCUGGCUUUCAAUGGCUAAUGCUGGUAAGGACACCAACGGGUCUCAAUUCUUCAUCACUACCACCAAAACUGCUUGGCUGGAUGGCAGACAUGUUGUUUUUGGAAAAGUGCUUAAAGGAAUGGACAUAAUUCGCAAAAUUGAGAAGUCUCCAACUGGAACCAAUGACCGUCCAGUGAAAGAUGUAGUUAUUGUUGAUUCUAAAGCUGAAGUUGUUGAAGAACCCUUCAGUGUGACAAAAGAAAGUGCUCAAGAAUAAAUAUAAGUUUAGAUAGCAAUAUAACUCUCUAUACCAGCAUUUAAUUUAAGUAAAAUUUAAGUUAUAUAUUGUAUCAAGAAAUGAUUACAAAUUGAAAUAAGUACCAAUGUAAUUAAUUUUCUUGAAUAAAAAAUCUUUUACUAAGA